AGCCCGGCAUUGUGUCCAUCCUGGAACAGCUGACAGCGCUGGGGUCAGACAGCUGGUGGGGCUGGUCUGGCUGGCCUGGCUGGGGAGGGAGUGUGGGCUGUCACAUGAGACCCAGAGGCUGCAUCCCUGUAUCCCAGUCCGGAGGAGCUGCAGUCCCACCCCUGUCACCGCAGAGAGCUGUGACACCAUGCACGGGGGCCAGAGGCCGCUGCUUCUUCUGCCACUGUUGGCUGUCUGCCUGGGAGCCCAGGGCCGGAGCCAGGAGGAGCGUCUGCUCGGGGACCUGAUGCACAGCUACGCCCCCCACCUGAGGCCUGCCAAGCACGAUUCAGACGUGGUCAACGUCAGCCUGAAGCUCACCCUCACCAACCUCAUCUCCCUGAAUGAGCGAGAGGAGGCCCUCACCACCAACGUCUGGAUAGAAAUGCAGUGGUGUGACUACCGCCUGCGCUGGGACCCACGUGACUACGACGGCCUGUGGGUGCUGCGGGUGCCGUCCACCAUGGUGUGGCGGCCGGACGUCGUGCUGGAGAACAACGUGGACGGCGUAUUCGAGGUGGCCCUCUACUGCAACGUGCUCGUGUCUCCCGACGGCUGCGUGUACUGGCUGCCGCCCGCCAUCUUCCGCUCCUCCUGCCCCGUCUCCGUCACCUACUUCCCCUUCGACUGGCAGAACUGCUCCCUCGUCUUCCAGUCCCAGACCUACAGCACCAACGAGAUCAAUCUGCAGCUGAGCCAGGAAGAUGGUCAGACCAUCGAGUGGAUUUUCAUAGACCCCGAGGCCUUCACAGAAAAUGGAGAGUGGGCCAUCCGGCACCGGCCGGCCAAGAUGCUGCUGGAUGAGGCGGCACCAGCCGAGGAGGCCGGCCACCAGAAGGUCGUCUUCUACCUGCUCAUCCAGCGCAAGCCCCUCUUCUACGUCAUCAACAUCAUCGCGCCCUGUGUACUCAUCUCCUCUGUGGCCAUCCUCAUCUACUUCCUUCCUGCCAAGGCGGGUGGUCAGAAGUGUACCGUCGCCAUCAACGUGCUCCUGGCCCAGACCGUCUUCCUCUUCCUUGUGGCCAAGAAGGUGCCCGAGACCUCCCAGGCAGUGCCACUCAUCAGCAAGUACCUCACCUUCCUCCUGGUGGUGACCAUCCUGAUUGUUGUGAAUGCCGUGGUCGUGCUCAACGUGUCUUUGCGGUCCCCCCACACACACCCCAUGGCUCGAGGGGUCCGCAAGGUGUUCCUGCGGCUCUUGCCCCAGCUGCUGCGGAUGCAUGUUUGCCCGCUGGCCCCAGCGGCUGUGCAGGACGCCCGGCCCCGCCUACAGAAUGGCUCCUCCACGGGGUGGUCCAUCACAGCCGGGGAGGAGGUGGCCCUCCGCCUGCCCCGCAGUGAACUCCUCUUCCGGCAGCACCAGCGCGAUGGGCUAGUAAGGGCAGCGCUGGAGAAGCUAGAGAAGGGCCCGGAGUCAGGGCAGAGCCAGGAGUGGUGUGGCAGCCUGAAGCAGGCCGCCCCAGCCAUCCAGGCCUGUGUGGAAGCCUGCAACCUCAUUGCCUGCGCCCGGUACCAGCAGAGUCACUUUGACAGUGGGAACAAGGAGUGGUUCCUGGUGGGCCGAGUGCUAGACCGCGUCUGCUUCCUGGUCAUGCUCUCGCUCUUUGUCUGUGGCACUGCUGGAAUCUUCCUCAUGGCCCACUACAACAGGAUGCCUGCCCUGCCAUUCCCUGGAGACCCCCGCUCCUACCUGCCCUCGUCCGACUGAGCCAACCAAUUGCUGCUAGCCAUGUGGAGUCUUAUCAGCUGUGUUCUGCCGCUGAGGUCAUGAGUAUGCUCUUUGGGACGCACGCUUCAGGGCCAUGUG